CAAAGUGAAUAACACCUUGUUUUCAAAACCGAUAAAAUAAGAAACAUUUUAGGCUUAAAUCUUCCAACUUGACAAAGUUCAGGCCAAUAAACGGGAAAAAAAUGAUUAAAUUGUUAAGAUUUAUUACAUAUUAGAACUUCACAUGGCGCAACUUGACAUUCGUUUUUCUCCCUUGUUUGUCAAUAUUUUCAUUCUCUUACCAGUGUUACCAAUAAAAUCUUUAUCUAAAUCCCAAGGAAACAGUGAUGCCAACCUAUUAAUAACAUUAUUAGCAGAGUAAACGUUUUGACCAUACGAUAACAUAUUCAUAGUAAUAAGUUUUACAUCCUCCUUUUACCUGCGUCGAUAAAGUCUCCGCCACUUCCGUUCUGGAAUCAGUAUUUCGUAAAUGCAUUUCCUUCAUUCUGUCUCGCCGGCCAAUGGAGCUCUAUGUAAAAUAAAUUUAUUUGAUUUUAAAAAUGUCAUUAAUGUUCUCACGAGAUCCACUUACAUUCCAUUCUGCAUAGAUAUUGAACACUGUCAGUGAUUUAGUAACAGAGAUAUCUCUCAGAGGAGGUGGAGAAUAUUAUAGAACAUAACAAUCGGUACAACAUCUCUUCUAACAAUGCUAACAAAUUCACAAAACACGUAAAACAAUCGUUUUCCUGUUUACGUGAUAAGUUCACCGAGAAAGAUAAAAAAAAUUACCUUCUUCCCAAGAUAAAUGAACAAGAUAAGUGACACAAUGCUUUUUCUUCUUUUAAUGGUCCCUUCAGAGCAGUAAGAAUAUUUUAAUAUUUACCGUCACAUCGCUGAUAUAAUCAUUAAGGAUACAGUGUGCUAUCUAAAAUUGAAAAUGUCGCUGCAUGGUCUCGGAGAGUGAUUCGAAUAGACUGGAGGGGAAAUUGGACGCUGUUGACUUCGUGGAUGCAGAUCACGGGAUGUAAGGACGAUAAACAAUGGAGAAAAAUUCCAUAUGGUGGAUUGAGCUCGUUAUUAUAAUCGCAGUAUUCGUUGUUGGACUAGUAGGAAACAUCUUUGUGCUGAUCAUUGUACAGGCGAAAAACGCCAGAAAGACAGUCCAUGGAAUAUUCGUGACGUGUCUGGCAGUGGCGGAUUUGGCUUUGUUGUGUUUUGACUCGCCUGUUUCCAUUCUAGGUAAGUUUGAUGUGGCUUCCGAGAUAUUUAACUGCAGAGUUCAUCUAAUUGUGGUAACAACAGGCUACAAUGUAGGACUUUUUACCAUCACAUCCAUGGCGAUGCAUCGAUGCCACAUUGUGACUCAUCCGUGGAGACCAAAGUUAAAACGUAAAGGAGCAAUAAUAUGGGUGUCGCUAAUAUGGCUGGCAGCUUUUAUUCUGGUUAUUCCGCUUAUCGUGGUCAAUAAACCAACGAGAAAUGGCUGUGAAGAAUUUUGGCCCACGCCUGGUCACAGCCAAGCGUACACUGUCUCACUCAUGACAAUUCAAUACAUAAUGCCCCUACUCAUUACAAUAUUGAACACUGUCAGUGAUUUAGUAACAGAGAUAUCUCUCAGAGGAGGUGGAGAAUAUUAUAGAACAUAA